AAGUUCGAACCCAAAACGUGAAAUGUUGAUUUCAUACAAGAAUGAAGAAUUCAUGGAGGAAACAUCAGUGGAAGACCCACAUUAGCAGGAAAAGAUCUCUGCAUAGACUAUUUAUAUAUAGUACAGAAAAAAAAAAAAAAGAGUGAGUUCUUGACUGAAUAUGCAAAAUCCACAUUUAUUGGGAACUGGGAAGCCUUUUUCUUGUCACCCCCAGUCAAAAGAACCAAUGCAGCAAACAGAUUCUGCGACACAGGAAUUUUCUCUCUCGGCCAAAGAGGUUAAAAAAGAAGAGAAAAGAAAGUAAAAGUUCCCUCAUAUUCACGCCAAACCCAAAUCUAUGCUCCUCUCUCUCUCUCUCUCUCAAACUCUCAAAAAUUCAAACAGAUUCUCUUUAUCUCUCUCUCCACAGUUCUGAUGGACAACUGUAGGAAAAUGGAGAGUAGGCCCUGCAGGCAGCACCUAAAAAGCAAAACUUCUGAUGAAGAGAAGAGUAUCAAGUGCUUGUCUCUCUUGCUCCACUCUUGUCUUCCUAUUAUGGCUCCACCACUUCCAUAUUUUCUUUUGACCAAAACCCUUUCUUUCUUUUUUUGUCUUUUUUCAUUUUAAUCUUCCAAGUUAACUAGUAGAUUCAUUUUCCCCGCUGUUCAUACCUACUCUUAGUGCCAGCUGAUUGGUAAUAAUAACCACCUUUAGCGAAGUAUAAUUAAUCAAAUUAUAAUCAAAGUUCAAAGGCCGGCCUGCAGAGAAUGCGGAUUAAUAAUGAUCUACUUAAUCACAUACAGCAUGUGCAUGGCUCAUGCAAGUAUAUAUAUAUAUAUACAUAUAUCAACCCAAUGAGUGCGUGAACCAAACGCUUAUUGCUUGGUCUUGCAGUCAAAACCACCAUAUGCUUUCACACAAACACACACAACCAUUCUCACAUUUCAUUUCCAGCAAGAAAAACCAAACCAAUCCAAUCCUCUCUUUUUCUUUUUCAUUCUGUGUCCUCUUUUUCCUUUUCUCUCUUUUCCUCAAUACCAAUCCAUCAUAAAUACUCCUCAUAACCAACCCAUCUGCCUCCUCUGCUCCCAAAUUUGGUGUUUUUCUCUCUCUUUUUUCUCUUUGUUUUCCGGUCGAAUAUGUCGAGGAAAGCUAGUAAGAGGGUGAGUUUCAGUCCUGAUGUGAACGAGAAGCCGAUUCUGUAUCUGAAACAGAGCGGUGACAAUGGCACCAGAGUAGGUGGAAGCAGGAACAGGGUCACUGGAAUUUGGGCUUUCAGGCUGCUCAAAGAUACAACAGAACUCCCUGCACCCAUCAAAUUACUACGCACACUCAGGGCUAAGGUGGCCAGAGCUGUGUGUAUUAUAUCUGCAAGAAAGAGGACUUCAAGGAAGGUGUCUUCCUCCAACCACUUGACAAGGUCACGCUCUGUAUCUGAUCCCAUCGAGUCUCAUCGAGCCGAAGCUUUAGAGGACUGCAUCGAGUUCUUGAACUCUGCUGCUUCUUUGCAGAGGAGCAAUUCUGUUACUUCAAAUUCUUGUUAAUUAGAGAUUUGUAGAAUAUAUUACAUUAAUGUUCAUACAAAAGGAAAAAGAAGAAGAAAAAAAGAGAGCUUAGUUUAUGGUUGUUUGCAUGAAAAAUUUAUCUGUAACAUGUAGAAAGAUACAUAAUGAGUGCAAAUCACACCUUCUGGUGUGAAUUUUGUUA